AAAAAAAAAUCAAAGUUUUCUGUUGAUGAUCGUGCAGUGAUGCGUAUUCUCACAAUGGAGUUUAAAAAUUACGUUUAUUUAUCAAUAAUACUGUGCAUAUCAACAUGUGCAUCAGGACAAAGAACACCGACCAUAUCGCAUAUCACACAGGAGCAGAUCAGAGAUAUUGGAGGUCAAGUUGACUUGGACUGCUCUGUGCACUACGCUCAGGACUUCCCUGUGAUAUGGGUAAAAUACGAUCGUUUCAAGACAGUGGAGUCCAUCCCGCUGUCCACGAACGCUGGUCUCAUCAUCAAGGACUCCCGCUUCUCGCUCAGAUACGAUGACGCUACUGCUACAUUCACACUCUCGAUUAAAGACAUCCAAGAAAAUGAUGCAGGUUGGUAUCAAUGCCAAGUGCUGAUGUCAAUCAGUAACAAGAUCACAGCGGAAGUGGAACUCCAAGUCAGACGCCCACCUAUCAUCUCCGACAACUCCACCCGGUCACUGGUCGCCAGCGAAGGAGAGAGCGUGCAGAUGGAGUGCUACGCUGGUGGAUUCCCGCCCCCGAAGAUCUCUUGGCGUCGUGAGAACAAUGCCAUCCUUCCUACUGGUGGCUCCAUCUACCGAGGCAACAUUCUAAAAAUAGCAGCUGUACACAAGGAAGACCGUGGUACGUACUACUGCGUGGCUGAGAACGGAGUCGGUAAGGGAGCGAGGAGAAAUAUCAACUUGGAGGUCGAGUUCGCUCCUGUCGUCACCGUCCCUAGACCGAGAUUGGCUCAGGCUCUCCAAUACGACAUGGACCUGGAAUGCCACGUGGAAGCCUACCCUCCACCUGCUAUUACAUGGCUAAAGGAUGAAGUGCAACUCUCCAAUAACCAGCAUUACAGAAUCUCUCAUUUCGCGACAGCGGACGAGUUCACUGACACUACAAUCAGAGUGAUCACCAUAGAAAAACGCCAGUACGGUAUGUUCAAGUGCAAGGCACAGAACAAACUAGGAACCGAUGAGGGACAAGUCGAAUUAGUCGAGUCUAUAAUCCCGGUGUGUCCGCCGGCGUGUGGCACGGCUCGGUACGGCGGCGCGGCCAGUCUAUCGCCGUCUCUUUCUACCAUACUCUCCAUUAUCGGAGUAUAUGCUGUAUAUGCGGGAAGACGAAUCGCCAAUGCCAGAUAUUAACUACCCGGGGCUCCGACCGGACCCGUUGGUUUACGGAUCAGGUACAAAAAUCAACAAGCAACAUAUCCUCUAUCUUUACACAUAUCUAUUUGUUUUAUGCAAUUAUUAUUGACUUGUAAAAUCUGAAAAAGUUGUCAAAAAUUAAAGGUCAUCUUUGUUUGAGCCUAUUAUGGUAUAGACACUAAUCCAAUCGAACUGUAUAGUAAUAUACCGCGGUUUUGUUCGCGUUGUCAGAAGAAAAAGUGGCAUAUUAUAUUAAUACAUGAACUCUGGAAGAAUCUAAAAAGAUAUUUGGAUUAAAAUCGAGAAAAGAUGAGAUAAUUCAUGAUUGGGUACUUGCCGACUAGUCGAAUUCAAUACUUUUUUCGAACUGUCAAAAACGACAGUUUUCUAUGAAUUUUGUACGAGAUUGUGUAUUGUGACGU